UCUAUUUACUUUUCGGACCCGAACAUCAGGGUGAGGGAGUUCUCGCUUGCUCCGUGGAGUUUAUUGUUCACUUUGCAGCUCGGACAGAGUAGCCAAUCAAAGUUCAAAGUCCUCCCACUGCUGUCUCUAUCUGUUACACUCGAGGUUAAUUUUAGUAGCGCGCAAACAGCCUUAACCCGAAGUGUCAAUUUUGAAAAUGGUUUCUUUGUAAGAAAGAAAGGCAGGGGAGGGGGGGAAGAGAAAGUUCUGCAGCGCUUCAUUCGCAGAUCAGAUCGGCGGGACGUCCCUUCCCUUCAGCAACGUCGUUGGCUGAUCUGAAUUCCCCAUCCGCUAGGACGCAAGAGUGGAGUCUCACUGAGUAGGCGUUUUCAAGCCGGGGAGAGAAGAAAAAGUGGUUUGUUUGCUCACUCUGCGUUAACUCCAAGGACGAGAGCCGAACAUGGCCUUUCGCUCCUGCCUGCCCGACCGAGACGGAACGGCGAACUCCCUGAGGAUGACCGAGAGGGAUCGCUUGGAGACCACCGACGCCUUCGCGUGUCCAAGCCUGGAGCUCAGCAAAGCCGUCUCGGUGUCUCUGGGGUUGGACUCGCUGUCGUCUCCGCUCGGCGGUAUGAGCCAGUGCCCCGGCAGCGCCUUCGCGGACUGCGACCCCGCCGGCGGAAACGGCUCCCGCGGGGCGCCGGAGUCGGGCACGGCUGGAAGGGCGAGCUCGGAGGGGAGCAGGCUCGUCCGAGACGGCAGGAGCCUCGAAGUGGACGAGUUUGGGGAGAUGUGCCACGGCUUGCGGCAGGUGAGCUGCGUGGAUCAGUUCAGCUCGGGGGAAAUGGACAGUGCGCAGUCAAUGACGCGCGGCUCGGUGAUCUCCAGAUUCGUUUGCAAGGACUCCAGCAUGUUCAUGAACUCGAUAGCGGAGGUUCCCACGACCCCUCAACGGACUGAGGUCGGACCUUUGAAACCAUACUCUGCCUACUCUGCCGAGGCGAACCUGUACAGAGAGACCCAAGGCGCGUGGUGCGCAACCGAGCGCGCGUACAGCGAGCGCCCCGAGCCGCGCAGAGGCGCGUACGAUGGACCCAGUUUCUUGUGUAAAUACUGCGGACAAACCUCUUUCGGACCCAGGCAGGAGUGCAGCUGUGUGUGGUACAGGAGAGGCGAGCGGGGCGGUAGAGGUGGAGCGCCUGUUGCGACGGUUCAGGCGUACGGCCAAGUGGAAAGUUACCCAGACGCGAUUCCUCAAGGGCAAAGCACUUUUUCCACUAUCAAGACUGAACCUUCCGUUUGGCUGCACUACACAGAUCGCGGGUUCAGGCACGAGGAUUUUUUCCCCGGCGUCUUCCUGUCAGACAGGAGAGUGUGUCAGGUGUGCGGCGACGACGCUUCAGGCUGUCACUACGGAGCGGUCACCUGCGGCAGCUGCAAAGUGUUCUUCAAGAGGGCCGCCGCAGGAAAGCAGAACCACCUGUGCGCCAGCCGGAACGACUGCACCAUCGACAAGCUGAGGAGGAAAAACUGCGCCUCGUGUCGGCUAAAGAGGUGCUUCAUGUCCGGAAUGAGCUUGAAAGGCCGAAGGCUGAAGGGAGCCGGACAGACGAGGAGCGGAGAGGAGGAGCAGCAGCCUGCUGCCUGGGGGCAUGGAGAAAGGGAAGGGCGGCACGACGUUGUCUUGGAGCCGGGAAGCGCUGCUGCCAGGGCUCAAGGGCCUCAAUUUUCGGGGAUCCCCCCAACGAUGCGCUCCUGCCUCUCCCUGCUCACCAUCCUGCAGUCCAUCGAGCCCACCGUGGUCAACGCCGGGCACGACCCCGCCCAGCCCGACAGCCCCGCCUCCUUGCUCACCAGCCUCAACGAGCUCGGGGAGCGACAGCUGGUUACCGUGGUGCGUUGGGCCAAGGCCAUACCAGGUUUCCGUGACCUGCAUGUGGACGAUCAGAUGUCAGUGAUUCAGCUGUCGUGGAUGGGGGUGAUGGUGUUCGCUUUGGGCUGGAGGUCCUACACGCUCACCAACUGCUCCAUGCUCUACUUCGCUCCCGACCUGGUCUUCAAUGACCAGCGUAUGCAAGUGUCCAGCAUGUACGAACACUGCGUGAGGAUGAAGCUGCUCGCCCAGAAGUUCUGCAAGCUGGAGGUUACCGAGGAGGAGUUCCUCUGCAUGAAGGCCCUGGUCCUCUUCAGCAUCAUGCCAGUGGAGGGCCUGCGGAGCCAGCGCUGUUUUGACGAACUGCGGACCUCCUACAUCAAGGAGCUGGACCGCUUGGCGAGCCACCAUGGGGAGACCACCCGGACACAGAGGCUGUUUCAGCUCACGCAGCUCCUGGACUACCUCCAGUCGGUGGUGAGAAAGUUGCACCAGUUCACCUACGACCUCUUCAUCCAGGCCCAGUCCCUGCAGAUGCGCGUCAACUUCCCGGAGAUGAUCUCUGAGAUCGUCAGCGUUCACGUGCCUAAGAUCCUCUCGGGCAUGGUCAAGCCCAUCCUUUUCCACAACACCACAUAAGGCUUCCCGGCCACGUCUGGCAAAUCGGAAACACGAGGACGCUUUAGGUUUUCUUUUUUUUUUUUCUUUUUUUUUUUUACAAGGUGACAGAGGCUUUGAUUCGGGGAGGGAGAUGGCGCAUUCAUCCAGCGUUUUGUAAUCCAUGAACGCCCCCUCCGCUCUCCUUUCUCACUGCCCGCUUACCGCAUCACACACCUCACAUGUUGUUGUUUUUUUCGGGGAAGGGGGGGGGGGGGGGGUGGAAGCUGAUCACAACACUUGCAUGCAUUCCUGCACACAUCAACCAAUGAAGCUGGGCAUGUAAAACCUCUUCAGCUCUUCUUACUGAUCACUGUCAGCCAAAAGACGAAGCUAGUGGCGUAGUGAGAAAAACGUGUUUGCAGAGUUCUCAUCCCCAACAGCUUUUCUUCUGUGUGCUGCGGUAUGACAUUUGAACUAGCUUUUUUUUUUUUUUUUUCCACAAUGAAUGUUAUUGUGUGCACCUGAGAGUGAGAGAAAAAAAAAAACCUGCUUGAUUGACAGUUAAUAAUAAGGCAGUUGUGACUUGCAUGCUAAGAGGAAAAGCUAUCUCGCCAGAAGGCAUGUAAAAACAUUUAUAAAAGCUGUUCUCAUGUCUCAGAAAAAAAAAAAAAAAUCUUCAAGAAAAAAAAAACAACCCUUGAUGAAUAGUUUUGUGUAUUGCUCAGUGUGUAAAAAUGAACACCUUUAAAGUGCAAGUGACUGCGGCAAAGCUGAUUUUAAGUGUAUAUUUAUGGCAAAACAAAAAAAAGAUGACUCAAGACGCGAGUGUGGAACAUGUUUAGACAAAAGGAGUCUGUCAGACUUGUUUGUCAGUUAACACUGUGGGGUGACUUUCUAAAAAAGAAGCCUUUUGGAGUGCCAAAAAAAGUACAACUUUUUCAAAGUGGAUAUUUCAUACUGCUGUGGAACUUUUCUACCGUUUCUUAAAGGUGUUCUUUGCAAAUGCUUUCUUGUGUGUCGUCAUGUGUUCAUCGUGGCUUCGAUAAUAAAUGUCCAGCAAAGACACUCCUCA